AUGGUCGCCUUUACUUCUAUCCUCGCCAACGUCGGCGUGGCGGUCCUAUCGCUCGCUAUACUCCCGUCCGUCUCCGCCCUGCCUGCCGACUUUACGCCCAACUAUGACGCCCAAAUCUUCAAGCGUGCAAACCCCAAGGACUUUUACCUCCGCAUCAUGCCCCUCGGCGCGUCCAUCACGGCGGGGAUCCAUGGCCCCAGGACGAUCAGAGCAAGAACGGGUACCGCAAGCAUCUUCGCGACAAACUCCGAUCCGAGGGGUGGAAAGUCAACAUGGUUGGCAACCAGCGACCACGAAGGUGUCAAGGGCGAGCUCGUUAGCCAAGUCGAGAAGCGCGCCAAGCAAUCCAGCCGCGUUUGGCUCCCCAAUGUUGUCCUCAUCAACGCGGGAACAAACGACGCGACCGGUAACGGGAGAGAUGGGAACCCCAUCGUCGGCACGGGGCGUCUCAGGAUGAGGGCCCUCAUCGACAGUGUCUUUGCCGAGGUUCCCAACGCCGUGGUCGUGCUUUCCACCUUGCUCCCCAACCUACGUGACCUCGGGGGCACGCCGGCGCAGCGUAACAUUGACAUCAUCAACGACGAGUACCGGGAGCUCUAUAGGACCUACGUACCCCUCGACAACAACGGAAACGAGGUGUCGCAGCCGACCUUCAAAGUCGUCCUGGCCGACAUGGCCAACUUCAUCACGCCCGGCGAGAUAUGGGACCAGACGCAUCCGAACCCCAGCGGCCAGAGAAAAUGGCGGCCGUGUGGGAUUGGGCCAUCAACUACGCCAAUGAUAAGGCUCGUCAAUCUCGGCGGGGCGCAUAAGGGAGGCGAACUGGACGAGGCCAUCUAUUUCAACACCGACGGCGAGAAGCGAGUGGUGCACAUGUCGGUCAACCAAGGCGAUGGAGACAUGGGCCCCAAGGUCAAGAUUACGAUCCCCGAUAGCUGCAAAAUCCGAGGCAUCCGUUGGGGCGAUGUGAACGGUGAUGGGCUGGAUGACUUUAUCUGCCUCUCGCCGGCGGGUGAGAUGUAUGUCAGCAUCAACAGGGGCGGCAACCCGCCUACAUUUGAGGAUAUCGGAAGGUAUAAAGGCAUUACCGACGGUGCUGACCAAGAUCACAUUCGACUUGGAGAUAUGGAUGGCGACGGCAGGCUCGAUUUUUGUACCCUGCGCGAUAAUGGCGAUCUUCACUGUUACCGGAACGGUGGGUUCGGCGAUCGCGCUGCGUACUGGCAGGAUAUGGGUGUAGACCGCCCCAUCUUCACGGGAAAGAACAAGGGGGACAUAUUUGGCGUGAACCUCGUCGACGUGAAUGGCGAUGGGCGAUACGACUGGACCUGGAUGGACAGACAAGGCGAAGUACACACCUACAUCAAUCAGCGCGGCGUGUCCAAGACCAUGAUCCCAAGCUGGCUGGACGCCGGCAUCACCCAUCUGGGCGUGCAUACCGACAUUGGCGACAAGCGCCAGUAUAUCAAAUGGGGCCGCCUCUUUGGCAGCGGUCGAGCCGACUACAUGUAUCUCAAGAGAAACGGGUGGCCGCUUCCAAAGGGUGACGGCAUCUACUGGGGUGACACGACGGGCUCCGGGUUCGACGACUACAUUUGGAUCUCACCCGAGGGCGAAGUCAGCGUCUUCAUCAACAAGAACACCAAGGAUAACUUUGACAACUACGCCAAGUCGGCGUGGACCAAGACCAUCACCUUCAACACCGGCAUCGACCGCCGCGCGCUGCACGUGGGCGACUGGGACGGCGACGGCAGGGCGGACAUCAUCGCCGUCACGAACCGCGACACGGGUUCUCUCAAGGUGUGGCACAGUCGGUGGGACGGCACCAACUUCAACUGGGACGCGCGGGAUAUUCCCGACAGCGCCAAGUGCAACCAAGGCUGGGGGUCUCUGUACUGGGACCACGGGGCGCACUUUGCCGACAUUUCGGGCUCGGGCCGCGUGGAUUACAUUUGCAUGGAGAAGAACGGUCGGGCCACUGCUUGGCUCCGAGAUGACAAGGGCGCUUGGUAUAAUGCGCGGCAGAUCAAGUCCUCGGAGGACUUGGACCGCGCCAACUUUCAUUUCGCGGACGUUGACGAUAAGUUCACAGGCGACGCUACGGUCUGGUAUAACGGCGGCCAGGUCGCCGAGGCCGACCGCGGGCAGUACAGGGACAGCCUCUUUUUCUGGCCCAAAGCUGGUAUCCUGUACUUUGGCUCCCACCGCGGCUCCAACAUGAACUACCCCAACCUCGGCGGCCAGGGACGCGCGGACCAGGUCGGCAUCAACCCCAUCCUCGGCCACGCCUGGGUAUGGUUCAACAGCUGUCCGGCGGGCGGCGACGACGUCGAGGGUGAGGUUCCCGACCCGGGCCUCCCCGCGUACAACCCCCGAGCGAUACGCCUUCGCUACCGAAUCCCGAUCCGGAGAAUCACUGGUUCUGUUCUCGAAGCGGUGGCAGUUGGACCCCGGAUCUGUGGAAUGAGCACAAUAUUGGCAGAUGGUUUUUCAACGGCUGCAAGCGUCCCUCGUGUGAUUGCCUCAUAUGACGGCUCGACCUUUGACGACGGAUGGAACUGGCCCGGUCCCGGCUGCGUGACUGUCCGAGGCGUGUGCAGCCUCUCCCCAACCGACCUCGUCGACCGAAAAUGCGUCCAGUUCCCCGAACGCGCCUUCACCCUCUUCGCCAUGCGCAACUUUGCCCUCACCAUCCAAAUGUGGUACUCGGCGUUUAGCGACAGCGUCGACACCGCCAGCCUCUUCACCGCCGACAUUGCCAUCAACUUCCUCUGGCGCACCCCGCCCCAAGUCGAGGCCGACCCUUCCGCCUUCCUCACCAUCCUCGCCGGCAUGUUUGCCGGCAUCGGCGCCAUCAUCCCGGCCGCCAAUGUCCCCGCAAACAGCCUCGCGGGGCUCCUGACCAUUGCGGCCGGCGCGGCGGUCCUCACGCCCGGCGAACUCGACCAUGUCGUCCUACUUCAACAGGUUGCUCGCCUCGCUGCCCCCAACCACGACAGGACCCGGGGCACCGAACUUGCCCGCGCUCUCGAGAGCGGCGCCUUCGCCGACCAGGACUUUGGCACGUACGUGCCCGAGAACGCCAAGACGGACAUGCCGUCGCGCAUCCGGGCCUCCAUUAUUGCCGAAGCGUGGAACAGCGGCUCCGUCGUGAUUGCGCGGUGGUCCCGGACCGGGCCAAUGGCCCAAUUCUUUGAUCCAUGCUGCGGGAGGGACGCGGCCAACCGUCGCGGUAUCGAUCAUGCGUGUGCCUGUCAGUUUGGCGACAAUUUUGUUAUCCACACCGGGAUCAAGUCGAGCGACGCCGACACUCUUUACAAGUUCCCCAAAAUCGGCCAGGACGAGCCCACGCUCAAGCAGUACGGCCUAGACCACGCCAUCCUCAUCCGCGCCGCCGAAAACACGCAAAAGUCGACGGGCGUCAUCAUGGGCCGCGAGCUGGCCAACGUGGAAAAGUUCAUCAACGGCGCCAUCGCCAAUCCCACCGGGAGCAUCUUGGACAGUCUGACAUACUUCCCCGUCCCGUACUGCAACCUGGAUGACUUUGACCUUGAUUUCAAAACUUUCCACAACUGCCACGCGGGUCAGAACAACAGGGAAUUCUUUAGGAUCUGCCUUUUACAGCUGAUGUCCCAUUAUUGCCCCCAGACGCCGGGCUGGCCAUAUAAAUCCUGGUCGACUAGUUAA